AGAAGGAAAUACCAGCAGGACAGUGCACAAAGUAGAAACGAGGGAGAGUUCCUGAUGCUCCGGGUUCCACAUGGUAGCAGUGAUUUUAAAUGCAGACCGUUUCAGUAUGGGCAACACACUGAGAGCAAUCAUUGCCUUCAUCCCUUCUGAUGACUGCCAGAAAUACCUCCUGGGAGACCUUGAAGAGAUGCCAAUUGAUAGAAUGGUGGAUCUGAGCAGCAGGCAGUUGAGGAGAUUUCCCUUGCAUGUUUGUUCUUUCAGGGAGCUCGUCAAGCUGUACCUGAGUGACAAUAACCUGCACCAGCUGCCCCCAGAGCUAGAACAGCUGCAGAACCUCCAGAUCUUGGCGUUAGAUUUCAACAACUUCAAAGCGCUGCCCCUGGUGGUGUGCACCCUGAAGCAGCUGUGCAUCCUCUACCUGGGCAACAACAAGCUCUGCGACCUGCCCCAGGAGCUCAGUCUCCUGCAGAAUCUCAAAACCUUGUGGGUUGAGUCCAACUGCCUGAGCCACCUGCCCGAGGUGGUGUGCGAGCUGAGCCUCCUCAAGACCUUGCACGCCGGCUCCAACGCGCUGCACACGCUGCCCGCCGGGCUGCGGUGCCUGCAGGAGCUGCGCACCAUCUGGCUCUCCGGCAACCUGCUGGCUGACUUCCCGCCGGUGCUGCUGCACAUGCCAUUCCUGGAGGUGAUUGACGUGGAUCGCAACGCCAUCAGGUCCUUCCCCAGCCUGGCUCACCUCCCCGGCCUCAAGCUGGUGAUCUACGACCACAACCCCUGCAGGAAUGCGCCCAAGGUGGCCAAGGGGGUGCGCAGAGUGGGGAGGUGGGCAGAGGAGACCCCCGAGCCCAGGAAGCGCUCCGAGCUGGGCAGAGAGGAGGAGACCGACAGCAAGGAACCGCCACUUCCCCCUGACAAGCAGCCCCAGCCCUGCUAAGGAUCAGCCAGGAGGCUCUUGCUGGUGCUGCUGUGGGCAGCUGGCAAAUCGUCACCUGCGGCCUUCUCCUCUGGCUGUGUGGGAUUUGCGCACCUCCAGCUGGUUACAGCAAAAAUGCCUUUUAAAUAGAGCGUUUCUUCACCUCCUGGUACCUCAGCUGUUAAAUGCACACGAUAGUGCCUAGACUGCUCUUCACAAUAGUAUUUUAGAGGCCUGUAUGAUCUGUUAGUAGGUGUAGCUAUUUAAAUAGAUGUGCCAGCAAAUUUCUCCCUCUUGUCCCAAAAGCCUCCUUAGGGCUAAAAGCCAGCACUUCCUUUGUAGUAUGAGCAGGUGAAAAACACUGUAUAAAGCCGACCCUUUGAAGUGACGGAACGGAUUUUCAUCUAGCAAAAUCCCUUUUAUUCCAAAUGCCAUCUAAGGAAGCAUGACUGAGUGAGGUUUUUCCAUCCAUUGAUCACGCUGGAGCACUCGUAAGUGAGCACUAGCUGCCGUACCCGUGACGUAGCCUGUAUCAAAAGACAUGUUUCUCAUGCAAAUGAUGAAAGGGAUCUCAGCAGCUUGUCAAGACCCCCUCUUCUGCCUGGAAAGAGGGUGUAGCAAAGAUCAUUUGACUCUCCCCAACUAACACCUAAAAUGACUAGACUAAGCCUGAGAGAGAAUGAAGUUUUUAUGUUUUAUGUGCCUUUGCCAGCACUUUAUGCAGAAUCAUUUCUUCAUUCAGUGGGGUGGGUUUUCACACCUGCAAAAGGAGUUGUUUUGUUUUGUCUUUUUAAAGGAAGAUCUGAUUGUAAAACUACAAAAAUUGGCAGGGCGACUUACAGGUGUAAUAUCUAAAUAUGGCCCCAAACCUGCAAACACGCCUAUGCUUAACUAGAGCUAGCCCCAGCCUUCAAUGGGACUACUCCCCUGCUAAUGUUUGCACAACUGAGACCUGUACUUCUGCCACCACACUUGGAAAUUGACUAAAUUGUCCCUUUAAUUUAAAAGGCAUGUUUUGCACUAAUGUGCCCUGGGUAACGAUAACUGACUCAAAAUGGGUUGAAGUUUUGUCUACUAAGUUAUACUUGCAGAGACUGUUCUUUUGAUUUAUAGUAUUUUUUUAUACUCCGCACCAAACUUGACAUGUUAAUGGGGUUUCACUGGACCCGAACAGCUACCUGUUUCUGUCAUCUUAACAGCACAAUACACACAAAUGACAGUUAAUUUUCCAUAAAAGGUUUGAUUUAGUGACUGUUUAAUGUCAUUUACAUUCUUAAAAGAAUAUUUGGAAAGUAGAAAAUCAGUUAGUACUUGCUGUCUAAUUAAAGUUAAAUCUGGAUUUGGAUCUGGCUAGUACCCACCUAGUGUGCUUCCUAUUUAUUACACUAAAUGAAUUGGAGCUGUACUCAAGUGCCUAUACCAGAGGGAAACUGUAUUGCUCUGGAAUUAACUGGAUUACUUUUCUCAAAGCCUUUGCCAAAUCUUGUUCUGCCAAACUAACAAUCAUUUCUUUAGUGAAAUAAAGGGAAUAACAUUUGGAUUUUAUAUAUGAA